UUUUAUAUAAAAAAAAAAACACCACAUCUCUUUGCAUUUUCCUUCUCCUCGCUGAGGCAGGCGCCCGACGGAUGACAAAUACGUGGGAAGAGUUCUCUUCUGUAUUUUCCCUUGGAUGGAAGCAUGCUCUCUUCCACAGAAGAUGGUAACUUUGAAGUAUGAUCAUGGAAAAGGGGAUAAGCUCAGUAGAAGUUCUUCCCUCCAAAUCUUCUCAUGCUACUGCAGUAAGGGCGAUGAUGAAAGACCAUGAAGCAAAGCAAGCUCAGAAAGUGAGACGAGUGGGAUUUGUACUUGUACAUGCAGGUGCAGGGUAUCAUUCUGAGUCCAAAGCCAAAGAAUAUAAGCAUGUGUGCAAAAGAGCCUGUCGGAAGGCAAUUGAAAAGCUACAGGCUGGGGCUCUUGUAACAGAUGCAGUGACUGCAGCGCUAGUUGAACUAGAGGAUUCUCCCUUUACAAAUGCAGGAAUGGGGUCUAAUCUAAACCUUUUGGGCGACAUAGAAUGUGAUGCCAGUAUUAUGGAUGGAAAAUCGCUAAAUUUUGGAGCAGUUGGUGCUCUCAGUGGUAUCAAAAACCCUGUUUCUGUGGCAAAUAGAUUGCUAUGUGAAGGGCAGAAGGGAAAACUAUCAGCUGGCAGAAUUCCACCUUGUUUUUUAGUUGGUGAAGGAGCUUUCAAAUGGGCAGUGGAUCAUGGGAUACCAGCCUGUCCUCCAGGUGUCAUGGCGACAAGGCUUAGUUUAGCAGCUUUUAAGAGGAACAAGAGGAAGCUGGAAUUGGCAGAAAAGGUGGAAACAGAUCUUUUUCAGUUGAAGAAAAGAAGACAAUCAAGUGAAAAGGAGAACGACUCAGGAACAUUGGAUACCGUUGGAGCAGUUGUUGUUGAUCAAGAAGGAAAUGUUGCUGCUGCAGUGUCCAGUGGAGGCUUAGCUUUGAAACAUCCUGGAAGAGUUGGUCAGGCAGCUCUUUAUGGAUGUGGUUGCUGGGCUGAAAAUAUGGGAGUUCAGAACCCCUAUUCUACAGCUGUGAGUACCUCAGGUUGUGGAGAGCACCUUGUUCGGACCUUACUGGCCAGAGAAUGUUCGUGUGCUUUGCAAAACGAAGAUGCUCAUCAAGCUCUGCUAGAAACUAUGCAAAACAAGUUUAUUAGUUCACCUUUUCUAGCCAAUGAGGAUGGUGUUCUUGGAGGAGUGAUAGUUCUUCGAUCUUGUAGGUGUUCUACAGAACCCAACUCUUCACAAGAUAAGCAGUCUCUGCUAGUGGAGUUCCUGUGGAGUCAUACAACAGAGAGCAUGUGUGUGGGGUAUAUGUCAGCUCAGGAUGGCAAAGCUAAGACUCAUAUUUCAAGGCUUCCGCCUGGAGCUGUGGCAGGGCAGUCAGUGGCAAUUGAAGGAGGCGUUUGCCGGCUAGAGAGCCCAGCAAGCUGAACGGCUACUCAUCUGGCCAGCAAGGAGAACCCAAAUGUCGUUUUUGUAUAAUAAGCUCCUUUGUGUUUUAACAGAUGUUGAGAAUUUUACUCUCAUUUUAUACUCCUUAUUGCAACCACAGGCACCCUAACUUGAAACAAGUGCUGCUGUAGCUUUAUAUUCUUUCACUUUGUUUGAAUGUAUUUGAGAAUUUGUUUCCCACACGCUGUUCCCAGUUGUGCACAUGAAAAUAAUGUAUGGAUAAAUUCAUGUUACAAAACAUUGUUACUUGUUAAUGGCUUAGCCUAUAAGAAAAUAAUGCCCUGAAAUCGCAAGUGGACAUGGUUUAAAAAAUUGUGUGGUGUGUGUGUGAUAGCAAAUGUUAUUGAUUCACAUAUGGAACGUACAGGCUUUUGAAAUACAAGAGUAACUUUACAUUAUUUAAUGGUUUCAGUUGGUCCAGUGGUAAUUUAAACACACUCUCUUCUUCCAGUUAUGGGCCAUAUAUUUCUUUUCUUUUUGACAAAGAGUGGUUGGUUUCAGUGAAACAAUCUAGAGCAGGGUUAUGAUCUGGGUUUUUUUUUCAAUUAUUCAAUUGGUGGUACUUUUUCUGGCUUAAAUGUUGCAUAGCUUCAAGCUGUUAUGUAUUUUGAAAGGCUCUAUAAAGAUAAUGUACGGUCAUGAAGUCUUUACUUUGUGUAUAAUGGAAUAUUGGAAUGUAAAUAAGAAAAAAAGUUUAUUGGGAGAGUCAAUAUUAUUCUUUGUUUUGAAUAUAUUUUUAAGAGAAUGGUGCAGGAAAUAAACAAGCAUUAUAAAUAAUGCAAAGUGUAUGAAUUGAUGAUGAAGUGGAUCCUAAUUCUAUCUUUCUUCUUCAGUUCUUUAAAUUCCAAAUGUGUAGCAAAGGUAUAUAAAUGUUUGUUAUUAAAUUUACAUUUUAUGCAUGUGGAGUUAAAAGUGGCCUUUUAGACAAUUUAUACAGCCAAAAUCCAUUAUAAUGUGAUUGUAUUUAGUUGCUUUGUUGUAGGUAUGAUUUCAUUUUUUCUUAUGAUUGCUUCAAGAUCUUGAGCGGUUCUCUUGUUCUGAUGUUUACAGGGGUGUAACGGCUAUACAAAAACCUUGUGGAAUGAGCUGUCCAAAGAGAAUAAGGAAAGUUUGUUAGUGGUUUUUCUCCAUCUUGUGUUAAGAGAUAGGAUACGCCAGCUUUUCCCAACCUGGUGCUUCCAGACGUUUUGUGUCUCCCACCGGCUCUAGCUAGCAU